AUGCAAUUCACUAUCGUUGCUCUUCUUUCCCUUGUGGCUGUUGCCUUUGCUGGUCCCAUUGCCAUGCCUCAACGUCUUGAUGAUAUCACAGCCCGUCAAGUCAACACCGAAGCCGCCGCCAUGUCCAAUGCCAACGGAGACGUCGUAGCUUUCGAUGCCGCAGCUGUCUACAAGGCGGCCACUGAUGCAGGCUUGUAA